CACCACAGUACGGAGCUCGGAGUACAUAGCAUACAGUAGUACUCUGUACUCUGGUCCUGCUCAGCAAUCAUAUCGGCUUUUCUUUUCCUUUUUCUUUUUCUUAACCAGCGCUUGACAUUAUCCUGUAAAGUCGACUAAAAUGGAGAACGGUGCGCCGUCUGAUGGCAAAGACCCAUCAGCAUUCCUCAGUGAAAUUAUUGGAGUUCCAGUAACUGUGAAGCUGAAUUCUGGAGUUGUCUACAAAGGCGAACUUCAAUCAGUGGAUGGUUACAUGAAUAUUGCUUUGGAAAAAACUGAAGAAUAUGUGAAUGGAGCUUUGAGGAAGAACUUUGGAGAUGCUUUUGUCCGCGGAAACAAUGUUCUCUACAUCUCUGCACAAUGAUUACCACAUGCCAUUGACAAGGCAUGUAUCAUGCCUAUAUAAAAUAUGAUGCCACCGGCUCCUGGAGCGACAGCCAUAACGGAGAAGGGAAAGGUCCAACGCUAAAUAGAGGGAGGCCGGGAUGGGAAAGGAGAAAAGGGAGGAAGUCAAUGAUAAACCCCGAGAAGCACAAGCUCUUUAUUGCGAAUAGCAAUCUCUUCUAAGCAAUUUCAAUCCUGUGGAUAUGCAAGUGUAUGUCCAAAUGGACUUGAUGGGAGCGUACCCUUAAUAUACCGAAUCAUAGUAGUGUGGUUCUGUCUUCCGAUUCCUGUGAAAUAUUAUGGCUAAUCGAUUUUUUUUUUCUUUUUUUCUUUUUUUUUUCCCCCCGGG